GAAACGCCGGUUUGUUUGAAAAAACAAAUACACGCGAUUUAAAUCCGGAAAAAUAGUUUCAUUUCCUAUGUGUAACAAUCGCGAAAACCUAAGAACUCAAUAAUGUUUCUGAUAAAAUAGGUAGAGUCCAGAUUGAGGCUUUCUUUGUAUGACCAAUCUAGGGAAGUUGUUUCUGCACAAACAAGUUAACAUUAUCAGCUACGUAAAAGGCGUGGAAUUCAAUACUUGUCAGUCCACGCACGUUAACGUUAGCGUCAAAAAAAGGUUACAACUAACUUUUAAACGCGUGAAGGCUGUUAAUUAAAAAGAAAACAAUGGCACACUUAUUUUUGUCAUAAUUUAUUAGCGAACAGAAAAGAGCUAUAUUAAUUUUGAAUAAUACUGUGUAUUUUUACUUUACAAAAAUGAAUUCUAUGUUGAUAGUAUUAGUGUUAAUAGCUAGUGCAGUGAGUGAAAAGUGCUACUGGAAUGAUCCUUGUGUUUACCAGUACUUCUCUACGAAGACACCUUAUGAUGCUAUAAGAGGAGAUAUCAGAGACUAUGACAAACCUGAAAAUUGCGAAGCCGUAAGUUUCUGGUCGAUGCAUAGACAUGGAAAUAGGAAUCCUGGCGACAGUGACAUUAAGGCGAUGAGGAUCGUAGCUCAGUUAAAAGACCAGAUAAUCAAGAGUCAUGAAAGUGGAAAAGGCCAGUUAUGUGCUCAGGAUAUCGAACUAUUCCGAAAAUGGACGUGGAACGAGACGGUCGAAGUAUCAGAGUCGUACCUCACAGGAAUUGGAUACGAAGAACUUUACGACAUUGGCAAAAGGAUUCGGCAGACGUACCCUAAACUUCUCACAGGAAGUGACAAAGAUUACUACUUUAGAAAUACUAAUGAACAGAGAACCGUGGUCAGUGCUGUUGCUUUCAUGCAUGGACUUACGGAUGGCACCAAUUUGAAAGUAGUUGCUGAUGAUGUUAGGGAAAAAGACGACGUUAUUAGGGCUUACAAAAAUUGCGAUAAAUAUAAUAAAGAUGUGAAUGGAGGACCGACUGUUAACAGAGAAAUUGAAGCCUUUGUUAACUCAGCCGAAAACAUUGCCGUACGAAACGCAGUGCAAGCACGUCUUGGGUUAGACUACCAAUUGACACUAGAAGACGUUAACACCUUCUAUGAAAUGUGCCGGUUUUAUCGUUCAUGGGCGCCAGAUUUGAAGUCACCUUGGUGCGCCGUGUUCACAACUGAGGAUUUAAUCGUGCUGGGGUACAAGGACGACGUCAGGCAUUACUAUCGGAACGGAUAUGGCUCCUGGGUGAAUGUACGCCUCGGUAAUCUGCCAAUGAAAGAUCUCUACGACACUUUCCAAGCAGCAACCAAUGGAUCCUCUAGAAAGAUUACUUCAUACUUCACCCACGACACAAUGUUGGAUAUGGUCUAUUGUGCUUUGGGACUAUAUAAAGAUGAAACGUCUCUUUUAGGAAACAAUGUUAAGCAUGAUAGGUUGUGGAGGACUACUAAUACGGCCUUCUCUUCGAAUUUGAUGUUUGUGUUGAAUCGGUGCGAACAAUCUGGAUCCCGAGACUAUAGUGUUCAAGUCUUCAUUAACGAAAAAGUGUCAGAUAUCUGUCCGUUGUCUGGUUGCACCUGGGCAGAGUUUCAGAAGAAAUUCCAGGAUUUUACUAACGCUGACUUGGACUUCUGCAGCUUAGAUUAUCCAGAACCGCUUGGAGAUAUUCAUCCAUUUAUGGAUGGUAGAAGUUCAGCUAUAGCAAUCAAAGGAACUCUGUUUUUGUUGUUAUUGCAGUUUGCUUUAUUUUUACGAUGAUGAUAUUUGACUUUUUCAGAUGUGGCUUCACAGUCACGGAAAAUUGUACCCUUGAUAUAACAAAGCCACCAUGUAUCGUCAAAAGUACCUUUUUCACCUGACAGUCAUAAAAAUAAUACGAAUAAUACGAAGUACAUGAAUCAAACAAUUUUUAAACCUCUCUCCGGAAAAAUUGUCAUUUUGCAGACGUGGUUUUAUUAUACAAAGGGUGCGAU